UCGAUCCAAAACUUUUCGACUCAAUACUUUUAAUCCAUUCAAUUUUAGGCAACCAUCCGUAGCCAUACAUGUAGGAUUAAAUUCCAACGAAAAUCCUAAAGCAAAUGACUUAAUUACUUUUUUCAUAAUGCUUAUUUACUUUCAUUUUUAGAAAAAAACUAAAGUAACGGUCUUCAUAGAAACCAUAGGUUAAAAUAAAAUAAAAUAAAAGGUUUUUAGGUUCCAACUUUACUUUUUACCACACACCAAUCAUUUCAACUUUUGACAAUUGCGUCAAAUACAUAUCCCCAACGGUAAACUUUACUCUCUGCCUUACAUUAUUGUCAUCCACUUGUUGCAAAGUUCCACAUUACAAGAAUCAUUCGAUUCUCUUCUAUCAUCAUCUUCUUCUUCUCCAUCAAAAUUCACCAAAACAUGGAAGCUCUAAUUCACCACUUCACUCUCCUCUCCGAUCAAGCUCUUGUCGACAAAACAUUCGACCCUUCAAGAAUCGAGGACCUCAUGCGUCUCUUUGAAGUCGAUUCAUACAAAGCUUGGGCAGCUCUCGAAUCCGAACAGCAACAAGAACUCGAAGAAGCUGAAGAAUCUCUCCGUGAAGCUGAACUUGAACUUGAUCGGGAUAUGGAGUGGGGGAUGGAGGAGUAUAGGCGGACGUUGGAGGAGAUGGAGAGGAUGGAGGCGGCGGAGCUGAAAGAGCUUGAGGAGAAAGCGGAGACUGCUCGGAGAACGGGGAAUUUAAUGGAGAAAGCGGCGACAGUUGCCGCGAAACGACAUAUUGCGGCGGCGAUGGGAUCAGCCGCCGCGUCUAUGAGAUCAGCUUGGAAGACUGCAGCUGGAAAUAAGGUUCAUCCAUCUUGAUCGAUGAUGAUGAUGAUGAAUAUGAUAAGAUGACGAUGAUUGUCAAAGUAUUGGUCCCCAUGUUAUAGGAUUAGUAGGUCAAGAACAUUUUAAUGAAUAAUUAUUUCCUUUGAUAAACAUAUGGGUUACUACUUACUAUUGCCGAAGAAUUAUGAAUUAUAGGUAGUUUCUAGUUUAUGUAUCUGUAAUUUGUAAUCAAUAUAUAUUUAUGGGAUUAUAGGAAGUCGUAAAAUGUGGUACUAGUUUAUUGGUUUGAUGGUAGAACAGAAAAAAAAAAAAAAAAAUUGGUGGGACACCUAAAAGUACGAAAAAAUUACAUAAAAAAUAUGCGUCAUUCGGUUUUAGAAAGAAAGAUAUGUAUGUGAUGUUGUUAUUCUAUUAUGCGGAAGCAUUAAAGUUUGGGUGAUUUAGUGACAAAUUUGUCAUAGAAUCGACACAUAGAUCAGAAUUGAGACAACGAACGAAAAUCAACUAUAAACCACCGUUUAAGUGCCCUUUCGGUUUCGACAAAAAAAUGUGCCAUUUCGGCUGAUCUCUCGAAGCUUUAUCUCUCCAAAAUGUUUACAUAUGGCGCUUAUGGAAAAGCAGAAACACGCUUAUGUUCCAUCAAACCAAUAAACUAGUACC